AUGGGUAGAACUCUCCACAUGCAUGUAAUGCUCUCAACCUUGGUUCUAAUUAUCUCAGUUUCACCAUUGGCAUCAGCAUCAUUGAAGGUGAAUUUCUAUAAAACUUCAUGUCCAUCUGCUGAGGAAAUAGUGAGAAGAGCUGUAAACAAAGCCGUUUCUCUCAACCCGGGAAUUGCUGCUGGCCUAAUCAGAAUGCAUUUUCACGAUUGUUUUGUGAGGGGCUGCGAUGGAUCUGUGCUACUAGAAUCCACACCGGGUAACCCAUCUGAGAGAGACCACCCUGCCAACAACCCAAGCUUACGAGGCUUCGAGGUAAUCGAUGAGGCCAAGGCCCAAAUAGAAGCUGCAUGUCCUAACAUAGUGUCGUGUGCAGACAUUCUUGCUUUUGCUGCACGAGACAGUGCUCGCAAAGUUGGGGGAAUAAACUACGUAGUACCAGGUGGACGCAGAGAUGGUCGUGUCUCCAUCAGUGAUGAAGUGACACAAAAUCUACCCCCACCAACCUUCAACUCUGAACAACUUAUCAGUAACUUUGCACGAAAGGGGUUAUCAACAGAUGAAAUGGUGACACUUUCUGGGGCACAUUCUGUUGGUGUAUCACAUUGUUCUUCCUUCUCUAAACGCUUGUACUCUUUCAAUGCAACCUUUUCUCAAGAUCCAUCUAUGGACCCUAAGUAUGCUACGUUGUUGAAAGCCAAGUGUCCACCAAGGAGCAAUGGUGACGACACGACUGACCCAACAGUGGUGGUGCUUGAUGCUUCCACGCCAAAUCGUUUGGACAACAAGUACUACACGGGGCUGAAGAACCAUCGUGGUUUAUUGACCUCAGAUCAAACGUUGGUGAGUAGUGGGUCAACGAGGCAAAUGGUGCUAAGCAAUGCUAAAGAUGGUUCAACUUGGGCAGUGAAGUUUGCUAAGGCAAUGGUACACAUGGGUUCCAUUGACGUGCUAACAGGCUCACAGGGCGAGAUCAGGAGGCGUUGCAGUGUCGUUAACUAA